CUUUAAUUUCCAACUUUACAUAGUUACAUAGUAGAGUACCUCUUAGACUUUAUAAUUACUAAUUUCUUGACCUCUCCUCCUCAUGAGAACCUAUCACAAAAUGGCGAGAUGUAGAUGAGAUUAAAGACAAUUUACUGUUCGAUAAACUAAAAACUAAAAAAAGGAUGGUACAACGAAUCUUUACGGAAACGGAGGUACGAUGAGCGCGGAAAAUGCUGGUUCAUCAGGGGACGCUGCCGUCUUAGGCGGAGAAUGGCCUCCCCCUUUACCUCCCAGACCGUCCCAAACACAAGGCAAUGGUUCAACUACGGCAGUGCCGGAGAGGCCGAACUUAUCGUCGAAACCGACUACUGCAAUUUCGUCUAUGAAUAUUCAGACACUUUCGUUUCCGGAUGGGUCACGUGGGACCUUCUCGACAGUCGGGGAGAACAAUUCCCAAGGCGCGGAGCAAUCGUCUAGUUCGGCAAGUGCUGUGGCAGCAAGCGUAGGCUUCAGUUCCAUAGGCAACGACAUAGACGAGUCUAUGAGUAUCAUGAGCCUCGCGCCUACUUUACGACCACCGGGAGACUUAGAGAGCCUACUCGUCGGAGACAUGAGCAAGAAGAGUCCCGCGUGGAUGCUCUUGCACUCGCAGUCCGCAGCUGUGCAGCCCUUUGAGACUAUCCAGGCUGAUGAGGGUACGGUCUUGGCCGAUUUCGCCCUCGAAUUUGAUGACAUACCCGAGUCCAGCGAGACUUGGAGCGACGAGGCCAGACUAAAACUUUGGAAGUCUAAGCUCAAACACUUCAUGAUUUUAUCGUCGGCUGGCAAACCGAUUUAUAGUAGAUAUGGGGACUUGGAAAUGAUCAACUCUUCGAUGGGCGUUGUACAAACCAUCAUCUCGUUUUAUCAAGGGGCUAAGAACCCUCUUUUAGGCUUUUCUGCUGGAAACACCCGGUUCGUUAUCGUGACAGAAGGUCCCCUUUACCUCGUCGCUAUAAGCAAGCUUGGAGAGAGCGAUUCUCAGUUGAGGGCUCAACUCGAUGCCCUCUACAUGCAAAUUUUAUCAACUUUGACACUUCCAACUCUUACUAAUAUUUUCGCCAAUCGGCCAUCUACGGACCUACGGAAGCCUCUACAGGGGACUGAAUCAUUGCUUUCCUCUUUGGCGGAUAGCUUCACUAGAGGAUCUCCAUCUGCUCUACUAGGAGCGUUGGAAUGUUUAAGACUUAGGAAAUCGCACCGACACGCCAUCAACAAUGCUUUUCUAAAGACGAGGACCGAAAAGCUCCUCUACGGUCUAAUAGUUGCAGGUGGAAGGCUAGUCAGCGUCAUUCGGCCACGUCGCCACUCCCUUCACCCAAGCGACCUGCAACUUAUUUUUAAUAUGUUAUUUGAGUCUGGCGGUGUCAAAGCCGGCGGUGGUGAAAACUGGAUCCCACUCUGUUUGCCAGCUUUCAACAACCGCGGUUAUCUUUACAUGUAUGUUAGUUUUCUGGAUGUCGACCCAGAGUCUGAGAGGGACUUGAGCGCGGCUGGCGCUGGCGAGGAGAUUGCAAUUAUAUUAAUAAGCCCGGAUAAAGAGAGCUUCUUCGACCUACAACAUAUGCGAGACGACGUCGUGGCCGAACUAAAGAAAAAGGGACAUCUGGACAUAAUUAAAGCUGCAGCACAACAGGGACGCCCAAAAAUGAACGAGAUCGCACCAGGAACACACAUCAGCCACUUCCUAUUCAAGUCGCGAGCCAACGUCCAGUUCUGCAUGCCCUCUCUGCACCCAACAUUUUCCAACCUCAUCUCCCACCGGCGACUCAUGUCCCUUUACCACAACCUGCACUCCACCAUCCACGCCAAGCACACACAUGUAAAAGUGCUGCACUGCGUCGGAGAGGACACCACCUCGCUAGCGUGGAUCACGCCGAUAUUCGAGUUCUACUGCGUGGCCGGGCCUAACGCCUCGCGAACCGUCAUGACGCAGGGCGCUAAUAAGAUCAUGCAGUGGGCGAAGCGCGAGGAGGAACGGUUGUUUAUUAUAGGCGGAGGCGUGUUUUGAAAAGACUUUUUACCAUUAUUCUAGAACAUCGCGAAUUAUGUAUCGUAAUCUCUCCCUAUCCUUGCAUGUGUGGGUAUCAAUGAAAACCACGGCUUCUAACCGGACGACUCUACUCCUGCUGCUAUCGUACAUGGCGCCUUGAGCAAGGCACCCAUAUCCCGUAUCUCGCGGGCUUAUAAUAGCUUGGAAAGCCACUUUCUUGCGCUCCUGGCGGU